AUGAAAGACAAGAAUUUCCAAAUGAGUAUUAAGGAUAAAUGUGAUAGGAAACAUAGAAGAAUAGACGGUAAACAAACAUGGUGUUAUGUUUUGAAAGAAGAAAUGAAAGGAUUAUAUAAACAGGUUGAACCAAACGAUAAUGAGGAUUCAUUUACUGACGAUGAAAUACCUGUAAAUGAAGCUUUAUAA